UAUCUUUCCGUGUGUAGUAUGAUUCGAACAUAACCAAAAAAAAACUUUCGAAAAAUAUUUACUGUUUACGGAGCAAUGUAACGGCACGUCAUUUAAACGUACUUGGAAUAUACUCAGUAAAAUCCGCGACCUAAUAUGGGAGAUCACGCUAUAUGCCAGGUUGGAGCUAGUCGCAGUUUAAAUCGGGAAUCUUCUAAAAAAUCGGGUUUCUAGGAGGAACAAAAUAUGGCGAAUGAUGUGGUAAUUAGAAGCAAAGACAGGCUGCAAGAACUUAGCAUGAAAUUGGAGCAAAGCCAUUUGGUAUAUCUACAGACGGAUGAUAGUCCUUUGAAGCUGCAACAACGACACAAAUUAGAAGGCUUUAUAAAGGAAUAUCUUUGCUUGGUACCUAAUGAGAAUAAGUACGUAUUUCAAGAAACUGCAGAUAUCUUGCAUAGAUCAGCAGCGACAGUGACAGAUUUUAGUGGAUAUAGAGCAGCGACUGCCUGGAGUGCGAUUUCCUUAUACGCGGCCAAUCUCUUAGCUCAACCCUGGCGAAAAGAAUAUAGGACAGUGAGGACGUACAGUGGCUAUUACAAACACGAAGUAGAGGCGAAUUUAAUAGGUGCGGAGUUAAUGUUUGAGCAGAUGGGAUACAAACACACUGGCCUGGGAAUGCUAACCCUGGAAGGCCCAAUUGACCCGGACAAGGUUUCAAGUGUCAGCAGAGAUACCAUUGUAGCUUUUGUAGAAUGUCAGAUUCUAAAGCAAAUAUGGGAGAGUGUAUCGCAGAAUUACACCAUCUCCUGGUUGGAAGUGCUGGAGUUUCGCGAGAAUCAUGUCGGCACACCGGAACAGGCGAUUCGCGCGCUCAAUUAUCGCUUUUUAGAGAAGGUACAUCAAAAUCGCAUAAAGAUUGACAGCUACAAGGAUUACUAUCAGCAACAAACAGGUAUGGACGCCGUACCGUUGCAUCUACCCUAUCAUAUUCUACACAAUUACAACGCGACGAUGCCGCCGCCCUGUCAAACGGAUUAUCGACGCAUCGAGGACGCGACACACGUGCCGGCGGUGUCGGCGGCCGGCUAUCGGUAUUAUCAGCCGGUCAAUCACGAUUUCGUCAACUGUUGCAACAACUACGGUUGUCUGCCCAGCCACGGGAACAAGCUCUACGGCAGCAGCGUGCAACCGAAUCCGUACUGGGCCACAUUACCGGCGUAUGCGGCUCGUGUGCCGACCGGCAGAUUGAUCGAGCUUGACAUGCCGACAUCUGUAACGAACCACGACAAAGCACACACCCCACGUAAACCCCUCGUAUCCCAGCGGAUAUCGGACAUGGACGAGGUGGACUUCUAUCCACGACAGUCGAGCGACAACGACUACUACGAGUAUAACAAAGCCGACAGAAAGGCCACCGGUAAGUCGAACAUCAGAGUCGACGGUAGCAAAACAGAUGGCUAUGACGCAUGGGAUUUCGUAUAUCGGAAUCUCGAGAGCCUAGGCUAUUAUAAGGAUCUGGACGAUCGGGACGACGUAUUGUUGCGGCACAAGAAGGAAUCAGACACCAACCGCGCGUCCAAGCACAAAGCGCUCAGACAGGCGGAAAACGAGGACAAGUAUGGCGCGCACAGGUUCGACAAAAAAAGAAGUGGCAGGGCUGACAGCAAUGAGUUCGAGAUUGCGACGGACAGUAAGGAUCAUCAAGAUCUACUGCCCUUCAAGAAGAAAUCCUCGUCUUUCGACCUGUCGGAUGCGAACAGUUGCAGCAUGGCCGAUGCGUAUAAUAGAGACACGAGGCACAACAGCCAGACUCUGCCGAUUUCGCGCACACACAAGUCCGCUGAUCAAAUCGCUAGGAUUACAGAUUCAUUCAAGAACCUUGACGUCGGUCAGGUGAGCAAGGAGAAAAAAGAGCGGCAGGAGGGGGCGGUGGAGAAUGGGAAGAGAUGGAGUUGCGCGACGUGUACGUAUCUGAAUGCGCCUGACCGCGACAUUUGCGAGAUGUGUGCGAAGUCACGGUGCAAGGGCAAUGAAGACAAGCCGCUUGCUAGCGGCGGCAAGGAAUGUCCGAAAUGUACAUUGGUGAACGAAAAGAACGUCUCUAUCUGUGAUGCCUGCCACACCUGUCUGAAGGAUUCGCCGACCUAUAUAUAAACAAAUUAGACGCGACAUUUUUCGAAACGAAAAAUUAAAGUUCUUGCGCAGUUUGCACAAAAAUCUUAUAUUGCGUGUAAAA